AUGUCCAUCAGAGCUACAGGUGCGGUAAAGCACGAGUCUGAGGUCAGAGCUAGAACAGACCGAGUAGUGAAAGAUCAAGCAAAUGACAGCGCAGAUCAACAAAUUGAUGAGAAGACUGAUGAUGAGCUAAAGAAACAAAUCGAUAAUGAGCCUUCAAAAUUUUGGGAAUACUUUUGGGUAGCUGAAUCAUUGAUAGCUCCUAUAUUAUUUACCUUGAUUGCAACAUGGACAAGAUUCAAAAAAAUUGACGCAGCAAAGAAAGUUGUUUGGGAUGAAGCUCAUUUUGGUAAAUUUGGUUCUUAUUAUAUCAAACAUGAGUUUUAUCAUGAUGUUCACCCUCCAUUGGGGAAAAUGCUUGUUGGAUUAAGUGAAUAUAUUGCUAAAUUUAAUGGUGAUUUUGAGUUUAAAUCUGGAAGUCUCUAUCCUGCUGAUUUAGAUUUUGCAACAAUGAGAUAUUUCAAUGCAAUUUUCAGUAUUAUGUGCAUCCCUGUUACUUAUUUUGCUGCUAAGACUUUGAAAUUUCAAUUAGUCACUGUUUAUUUCAUUACUUUAAUGGUGACACUAGAAGCUUCUUAUAUUGCCUUGGGUAAAUUUAUCUUGUUGGAUUCAAUGUUAUUAUUUUUCACUAUUACUACAUUUCUCUGUUUUACAAAACUACAUUCAUUGAGAAGAGAACGCUUAGAAUUCACCAAGAAAUGGUACAUUUGGAUGAUUUUAACCGGUAUUUCAAUUGGAUGUGUCUGCUCAGUUAAAUGGGUUGGAUUAUUCAUCACUGUACUUGUUGGAUUAUAUACAGUUCAAGACCUUUAUGAAAAAUUGUUCGAAAAUGAAUUUGACAUCAAAAAAUAUGCAAAACAUUGGUCUGUCAGAAUAUUGGCAUUGAUUUUCAUCCCUGCUGUCGUUUAUAUUACUUCAUUCAAGGUUCAUUUUGCUCUUUUAUCAAAAUCAGGAACUGGUGAUGCUUCUACAUCAUCAUUAUUCCAAGCAAAUUUAGAAGGUAAUAAAAUCAAAAAAUCACCAAGAGAUAUUGUAUUUGGAUCAGAGGUUACUAUUAGAUCACAAGGCUCAUCACCAAAUCUAUUACAUUCACAUGUUCAAAUCUAUCCAGAUGGUUCAAAUCAACAACAGAUUACAGGUUAUGGACAUUCAGAUGGUAAUAAUAAUUGGGUUUUUAAAUAUUCAAGACGUUCAAAUGAAACAUUAGAUGAAAACUCUGAUGAUUUGGUCAAGGUUCAAGAUGGUGAUGUUGUUAGAUUAGUUCACAAAUGGACUGGAGUUAAUUUACAUUCUCAUACAAUCCCUGCACAUGUUUCCAAAAAACAUUGGGAAGUUGGUGGUUAUGGUAAUGAAAAAAUUGGUGAUUCUAAAGAUGAUUGGGUUGUUGAAAUUGUUGAACAAUUGACUUCUGCAAAUAAAUCAUUCCCUAAAGAGGACAAAUCUAUAUUACAUCCACUUUCUACAAAUUUUAGAUUAAGACACGCAGAUUUAGGUUGUUAUUUAUCAAUGACUGGUGCUGCAUAUCCAGCAUGGGGGUUUAAACAGAGUGAAGUUGUUUGUAAAGAUUCUUGGACAUGGAGAGAUAAAUCAACUUGGUGGAAUGUUGAAGAUCAUAUGCAUAAAAAACUUGAAAUUGAUGAUGGAUUUAUUGCACCAAAAUCAAAUUUUUGGUCAGAUUUUAUUCAAAUUAAUUUUGCCAUGGCAUCUUCAAAUAAUGCACUUGUACCAGAUUAUGAUAAAUUUGAUCAUUUAGCUUCAAAAGCAUGGGAAUGGCCAACUUUACAUGUUGGUCUUAGAAUGUGUGGUUGGGGUACUAAUGAUGUUAGAUAUUUCCUAAUUGGUAAUCCUUUUAAUACAUGGUUAUCAACAAUUUCAUUACCAAUUUUCAUUUAUUUGGUGUUGUUAUAUGUUAUUAAAUAUCAACGUCAAACAUUAGAAUGGAAUGAUGAAGAUUAUUGGAAAUUUAUUGUUGGUGGUGUUUAUCCAUUUAUUGGUUGGUUAUUACAUUUUGCACCUUUUGCCAUAAUGGGUAGAGUUACUUAUGUUCAUCAUUAUGUACCUGCAUUAUAUUUUGCAAUCUAUGUCUUUGGAUUUUUAGUUGAGCAUGCUGUUGGUAAGACUAAACUAUUUGUUAAAAUUCCAGUUUAUUCCCUUUUGUUUGGAACAUUAAUUUUCACUUAUUUCCAUUUCGCUCCAUUUUAUGAUGGUAUGACUGGUCCUCAUAAUGAUUUCAAAUAUUUAGAAAUUUUACCAAGCUGGAAAGUGGUAUGA